CGAGACCAAUUGAAAACGUUGUUAACUAAUGAGCACUACAAUUUGGCUGCUACUUUGUGUUUUACUGCUUGCAGUCGGAAUUAUAUUCCGAAAGCGUUUACAAGCUGCCUUCUCCAAACUUGCUGAUAAUACCAAUAGACUAAUUGGCUACCAUCUACUGCCAACAUCGGCCGGGUCAUUUGAGGAUGACAUAGAAGAUGGGCUUACUUCCUCCAAUUUCGACAUUGAAGAACAUAACAUUGAGGAAGGAGAUAGUAGAGCAGGGUUGAAAAACAAGGAGGAAAUCUUAAAGAUAAUGAAGCGCCAGGGCUGCUCUUUUGAUGAAGCUAGGCUUAUUCGGCAACAGCGAUUGCUGAAAAAGAAUAAUAUUGACCCUGCCACGGGAUUGCCGUUGGACCCGAAAUUCGUCAGUUUUGGCAGCCCAUAAAGAGAGAGAGAGGGAGGCACAGCUAGGAGAUAACAGUUUCGGACAAAAUUCAUUCUGAUGUUCAAUGCCUAUUGACAGCAGUAAUUUCGACCUAUCCCUCAGAGCUUUGGCGCACCCGCCAAUUGAUUCAACGUUUUGGAAUUAAU